AUGUACGGCUUCACCGACAGCCCCCGGAAAGAGGCCUCAGGCAUUGACAACUCGGAGCCCAUGGUUCUGGAGCAGUACGUGGCGGUGGCCAACUACGAGCGGCAGGAGAAUUCGGAAAUCAACCUCAAAGCCGGGGAGACGGUGGACGUGAUCGAGAAGAGCGAGAGUGGCUGGUGGUUCGUCAGCACCUCGGAGGAGCAGGGCUGGGUCCCGGCCACGUACCUGGACUCGCAGAGCGGAACCAGGGACGACCUCGACCUGGGCACCUCCCGCACUGGAGAAGUUUGCACCCGGACCGAGCGUUUUCAGCACCGACUCCAUGAUGACCUCCAGCCAUAA